CCCUAUAAAUAAAGGUCUCUAUAAGAGAAGUAGAGCAACCAAAAAAAAUAAAAAAAAAAAUAAAAACACUGCAACUUUUUAUCAUCAUUAGUGUUAAAAUGGCUGGUGCACCUUCAUCACUUAAUUUGGGUCUGGUUUUCAAAGUUCUCCUUGUAAUUGUUGUAUUGACUUGGUCACAAGUGAUCAUGGCUAUGAGAGACAUGCCUGAGGAAUUAAAAGAACUCCAACAAAGGCUAACUCUAAGUGAUAUUUAUACUUGUGGCAAACACUGCAACACCAAUGCUGAUUGUAGUGAAGCAUGGGUUUGUAAAACAUGCAGAUAUUUUGGAUAUGUACCUACACAAUGUGAUUAUGUGUGGAGCUUUUAGAUGAAUUAAUUAAGAAUUAAGAUCUAUAUUGUUAAAUCCUGCAUAAUUAUGAAGUGUGUGAUAAAAUUAAAAUUAGAUCCACUUUAAUUAAUUAUAAUCUAAUGUUGUAUAGAUUACUAUUAAAUAAUUUAGCUGCAUUUCUGAUGCUAGCUAAAAGUCAUGUGGGGGUAAUUGUACUAGUCGUGUACUAAAUAUUGUGAUGUUUGAAUGCUUGUUUGUUUGAUCUAUUAUGGUUUGUACUUAUUGUGAAAUAUGGAGAAAAAAAAAGUUUGUGUUUUAAUAUCCCAUUUAGGGAAUUGCUAUAUUAAUGAAAUAUGGAUAAUGCCUUGAGAGGCGGAUCCAGAGUUUUUAGUUUAUA